GAUCUCCCGGUGGCGGCAGCUGAGCGGGGAGCGAGCGCGCUGGGCGCGGCCGUGCCGUGCCGCCCGGCCAAGCUCGAGAGACCCGCGGUCAUGGUUUGUGCGGUGGCGCCGGACGCCUGAGCCCCGGAACGCGAGCUUCGGAGGCGGCCAGCGCGGGCGCUCCCCAGAGGCUGACGGAAGGUGAGCACUGUGGGCUAUGGGAUGGAUGAGGUGGAGCAGGACCAGCAUGAGGCCCGACUCAAGGAGCUGUUUGACAGUUUUGACACCCUGGGAACUGGGUCUCUGGGUCAAGAGGAGCUGACUGACCUCUGCCACGUCCUGAGCUUGGAGGAGGUGGCCCCAGUGCUACAGCAGACGUUGCUUCAGGACAACCUCUUGGGCAGGGUACAUUUUGACCAAUUUAAAGAAGCGUUAAUACUUAUCUUGUCUAGAACUCUGUCCAAUGAGGAGCACUUUCAAGAGUCAGACUGUGCGUUAGAAGCUCAACCCAAAUAUGUUAGAGGAGGGAAGCGCUAUGGACGGAGAUCUCUCCCCGAGUUCCAGGAGUCUGUGGAAGAGUUUGCCGAGGUGACAGUGCUCGAGCCACUAGAUGAAGAAGCAAGGCCGUCACCACACAUCCCAGCUGGUGACUGCAGUGAGCGCUGGGAGACUCAGCACAGUGAGGAGUAUGAAGCAGAAGGCCAGCUAAGGUUUUGGAACCCAGAUGACCUGAAUGCUUCACAUAGUGGGCCUUGCCCUCCUCAAGACUGGAUAGAAGAGAAGCUCCAGGAGGUCUGUGAGGAUCUGGGGAUCACUCGAGAUGGUCACUUGAACCGGAAGAAGCUGGUUUCCAUCUGCGAACAGUAUGGUUUACAGAACGUGGACAGAGCGGCGCUGGAAGAGGUCUUUCUCGGUCUUGACCCUGAUGGUACAAUGAGUGUCGAAGACUUUUUCUAUGGUCUGUUUAAGACUGGGAAAUCCCUCACACCAUCAGCAUCUACUCCCUAUAGACAACUAAAACGGCAUCUCUCUAUGCAGUCUUUUGAUGAGAGUGGACGGCGGACCACAACCUCAUCGGCAAUGACAAGUACCAUUGGCUUCCGGGUCUUCUCCUGCUUGGAUGAUGGGAUGGGCCACGCAUCUGUGGAGAGGAUACUGGAUACCUGGCAGGAAGAAGGCAUUGAGAACAGCCAGGAGAUCCUGAAGGCCUUGGAUUUCAGCCUGGAUGGAAAUGUCAACCUGACCGAGCUAACGCUGGCUCUUGAAAACGAACUCUUGGUUACCAAGAAUGGCAUCCACCAGGCAGCUCUGGCUAGCUUCAAGGCUGAGAUCCGGCAUUUGUUGGGACGAGUUGACCAAGUGGUCAGAGAAAAAGAGAAGCUACGGUUGGACCUGGACAAAGCGGAAAAGCUAAAGUCUCUGAUGGCUUCGGAGGUGGAUGAUCACCAUGCGGCCAUUGAGCAGAGGAAUGCGUACAACCUCAGGAAACUGGAUGAAGAAUACAAGGAGCGCAUAGCAGCCUUAAAGAGCGAACUCCGCCAAGAAAGGGAACAGAUCCUGCAGCAGGUGAGCAAGCAGCGGGCAGAGCUCGAGCAGGAAAUUGAAAAGGCCAAAACAGAAGAGAACUACAUCCGGGACCGCCUCGCCCUCUCCCUGAAGGAAAACAACCGCCUGGAAAAUGAGCUUCUGGAAAAUGCGGAGAAGUUGGCAGAGUAUGAGAGCCUGACAAACAAACUUCAGCGCAAUUUGGAAAAUGUGUUAGCGGACAAGUUUGGUGACCUCGAUCCCGGCAGUGCUGAGUUCUUCCUUCAAGAAGAGAGGCUGGCACAGAUGAGAAAUGACUAUGAACAACAGUGCCGGCUGCUCCGAGACCAAGUGGAUGAGCUGCAGUCAGAGCUGGAAGAAUACCGUGCACAAGGCAAAGUGCUCCGGCUCCCGUGCAAGAGCUCGCUGUCUGAAGAACUUGACGUGGCCGGUGCUGGGAUCGAGCCCAGCCAAGGGCUUGGUUCUGAAGACUGCAACCCACUGAACAUGAGCAUCGAGGCAGAGCUGGUCAUCGAACAGAUGAAGGAACAGCAUGACAGGGACCUGGGUCACCUGAGGCUGGAGCUGGAAGAGAAAGUGCACCAUUAUGAAAAGCAGCUGGAUGACACCAGGGUGGCCUGUGAAAAGGAGCAGGCGGCCAUGAGGCAGAGGUAUGAGCUGGAAAUGCGCACCUUGGAAGAACAAAUAAGUGACCUUACGAGUGAGAUCGCAGACCUUCGGGGGCAGGCGGCGGUGCUGCAGGAGGCCCACCACGAGGCCAGCUGCAGGCACGAGGACGAAAAGAAACAACUGCGAGUGGUGUUUGACGAGGAAAAGGCUCAGCUGCAGGAGGAGCUGCGGCUGGAGCAAGAGGCCCAGCUGCAGAGGGCAGAGAAAAGCUUUCGCCUGGAGAGAGAGAGACUCGAGCAGGAUGCUGCCUCGACUGAAGAGAGGGUGAAAGCCUUGACUCGGGACCUGGAGCAGUCUUACCAGGAGCAGCUGCUGAGCCUGGCGGAGAAGCAGGCUCUUGAGAAAGAAGAGCUGAGGAAAGAACUCUUGGAGCAGCACCAAAGGGAACUUCAGGAGGGAAGGGAAAAAAUGGAAACAGAGUGUAAUAGAAGAGCCUCUCAGAUAGAAGCCCAGUGUCAGGCUGACUGUGAGAGCGUCACUGAGCGCUGUGGACGUGCUUUGCAAAGCCUGGAGGGGCGCUUCCGCCGAGAGCUGAAGGACCUCCUGGACCAGCACCUGGAGGAAAGAUCUCAGUGGGAAUUUGAGAAGGACGAGCUCACUCAGGAGUGCACAGAAGCCCAGGAGCAGCUGAAGGAGGUGCUCCAGAGGGAGAGAGCGACUGCCCUGGCCCUGAACCGGGAGCGGGAAAUGCUGGAGAAGACAUACAAGGACCAUUUGAACAGCCUGUACGUGGAAAGAGAGCAGCUACUGCAAGACCUCCGGGGAACGUCCAUAAGCCAGCAUGGCCUCCCGUCUGACCAGAUACUGGAGUUGAAGAGCAGUUGGGAGAGAGAGCUGAGGGAAGGAGAGCAGGUCCUGUGCCAGGCAGGGGCCUGUGAGCAGCUGGCCAGCCAGCAGCUUGAGAGACUACAGGUACAGCUUGAGCGAGAGAGACAAGGCAUGGUAGGCAGGCUCGCAGCCCUGGAGAGUGCCCACAGGGUGAGCUGUGAGAGAGCGGAGCGAGAGAAGGCAGAAAUGAGCGCAGAAGCCCACAGGCUUCAGAACACACUGGAGGACACGCGACAGGCGGCAUCUCUCUUGGUGCUUCCCGACAGCGACGAAGGCGGCCAGGCAAUGGCAGGGGAGGAGGCAGAAGGAAGUGGAGCUAUGUCCCUGCUUCAGCAAGGCAAGCAGCUAUUGGAAGAAAACGGAGACGUCCUGGUCAGCCUGCAGAGAGCUCACGAGCGGGCAGUGAAGGAAAAUGCAAAAAUGGCCACUGAGAUUUCUAGACUGCAACAGAGGCUAAAACAGUUAGAGCCGGGGUCAGUCGUGUCAUCUUGCUCGGAGGAGCAAAUGACCGAGAUUUCUGGGAGUCCCAGGGACCAAGCAGAGCUGUUUUUACCACACAUGAAGCAAGGAAAAAGUACAGCCACCAAACACUUCCUAAGUGACCUAGGAGACCAUGAGGCCCGGGGCCUGGGAAGUACAGGGACAAGCUCUGUUCAGAGGCGGGAGGGCAAAACCGAGGAGUCAGAAGCUUCCCUGGAGUGCUUUUCUGAGCUUGAAAAUAGCGAGGGCACCAGGACCGAAUUGUGGGACCUGAAGAGUCAGAUCCUUCAUCUACAAGAGCAACUAACGGUCUUACGUGCAGACUGCGAUCGGGCUUCUGAGAGGAAACAGGACCUGCUUUUUGAUAUUUCUGUGCUGAAAAAGAAACUGAAGACGCUGGAGAGACUCCCCGAGGCAUCUUCUGGGUAUAAGUUACUGUAUGGGGACGCUGCUAGAGAAAACGCCUGCCUCCAGGAGAAGUUGCGCCUCAUGGGGACACGCUACGGCGCGUCCCUGGACAGCAACAAAGAGCUCACCACGGAAGUCUUCAGGCUGCGGGGUGAGGUGAAGAAGAUGGAGGAGGUGAUGGAGACAUUCCUUAGCCUGGAAAAGAGUCAUGAUGGGGCCAAGAUGGAAAGCGAGGAGCUCAGCGCCCUCGUGUUGAGACUUCAAGGGAGGAUGGAGAAGGUGCCGGAAAUGGCCUCCCUGCAGGGUGACAGCUAUCCCCUGUGGGAAGCCCCCUCAGAAAACCUGGCCAUCAUCUCUGACGAAGAGGUGCUUGAACUCCAUCAGACUCCGGAAGAGUGUCUACCCAAGGUCAUGAGCAUACACCACAUUGUAGGAGAAUGCAGACCAGAAACCCAGUGCCGUGAACAGGGACGCGCAUGGCUCCUUGCCAGAACAAAAGCACAUGAGACUACCCGGUUCCAUGGAACAGUUCAGACACGCCUAGAAAAGCCUAGCAUGCAGAGUCAAGUUACCCUAGAGGAAAAUGCUGCUCUCCUGGGCCUUCAAGACACACAUCUUCAACACGAGGCCACAAUCGCGGAGUUAGAACUGGAAAAGCAAAAGCUCCAGGAGCUCACUAGAAAGCUGAGGGAGCGAGUGACCACAUUAGUUAAGCAAAAGGAUGCCCCUUCUCAGGAAGGGAAGGAGGAAGAGCUGAAGGCAAUGAUGCAUGACUUGCAGGUCACGUGCAGUGAGAUGCAGCGGAAGGUCGAGCUUCUGAGAUAUGAAUCUGAAAAGCUUCAAGAGGAAAAUUCUAUUUUGAGAAAUGAAAUUACUACUUUAAAUGAAGAAGAUACCAUCUCGAGCCUGAAAUUAGAGGAACUGAGUGGCUCUCAGGAAGAGCUGUGGCAGAAAAUAGAAACCGUGGAGCAGGAAAAGGCUUCAAUUCAGAAGAUGGUUGAAAAGUUAAAGAAACAGGUUGCAGAUUUAAAAAUCAAAAACCAACAGUUGGAUUCAGAAAAUAUAGAACUCAGCCAAAAGAACUCCCAAAACAAGGAAGAAUUGCAAAAACUUAAUCAACGUCUGGCAGAAAUGCUAUGCCAGGAGAAGGAGCCAGGAACUUACACCUCUGAGAAACGUGAACAAGAAAAUGCAAAUCUGAAGGAAGAACUGGAUCGAUGCAGAGUGCAGACUUCCACUUUGGUAUCUUCUCUGGAGGCAGAACUUUCUGAAGUCAAACUGCAGACUCACAUUGUGGAACAGGAAAACCUCCUUCUCAAAGACGAACUGGAGAAACUCAAACAACUGCACAGAUGUCCUGACCUCUCUGACUUCCAGCAAAAGAUGUCUAGCAUUCUAAGCUACAACGAAAAGCUGCUGAAGGAAAAAGAAGUUCUAAGUGAAGAAUUGAACAGCUGUGCAGAUAAGUUGGCAAAGUCAAGUCUUUUAGAGCACAGAAUUGCUACAAUGACGCAGGAGCAGAAGUCCUGGCAGCAGCAGAGUGAAAGCCUGAAGUCACAGCUGAUGGCAUCCCAGGAAAAGGUUCAGCAUUUAGAAGAUACCCUGCAGAGUGUAAACCUUCAAAUGUCCCAGAUCAGGUCUGACCUGCAAGUGACUCAGCAGGAAAAGGAGGCACUAAAGCAAGAAGUGACGUCCUUACACAGACAACUUCAGAAUGCUGCUGACAAGGACUGGGUCUCAGAAACGGCCACUUAUCUCUCAGGGCUCCACGGGCAGCAGAAAAGGCUGUCCUGGGACAGACUGGAUCAUCUGAUGAAUGAGGAACCACAGCUGCUUUGUCAAGAGAGCAAGAGACUGCAGACUGUGGUGCAGAACACCCAAGCAGACCUCACCCACUCCCGGGAGAAGGUCCGCCAACUGGAAUCCAGCCUUCUUCCCACCAAACACCAAAAACUCAGCCAGUCAUGUGCUGUGAAACCCACGGAGCAAGAGAAAUUGACCUUAAAGAGAGACAGCGAACAGUCUCAGAAAGAACGAUCGCCUACUGGUAGGAAGGUCAGUCAGAUGAGUUCCCUUGAGCGAGAAUUAGAAACAAUUCAUUUGGAAAAUGAAGGGCUGAAGAAGAAACAGGUGAGAGUGGACGAGAAGCUAACAGAGAUGCAGCCCCUGAGGUCCACUGUGACGCUUAGCCCGUCCUCCCACUGGGACCUGCAGCUGCUCCAGCAGCAAGCCUGUCCAAUGGUGCCCAGGGAGCAGUUUCUGCAGCUUCAACAGCAGCUGCUGCAGGCAGAGAGGAGAAGCCAGCACCUGCAGGAGGAGCUUGACAACAGGACCUCCGGAACCAACACACCGCAGGGAAGCCAGGAACACCUUGUAAAUCUCAUGGAAGAAAGGAUGAUAGAAGUUGAACAAAAACUGAAGCUGGUGAAAAGACUUCUUCAAGAAAAAGUGAAUCAGCUCAAAGAACAACUCUGCAAGAAUACGAAAGCAGAUGCCAUGGUGAAGGAUUUGUAUGUUGAGAACGCCCAGUUGUUGAAAGCUCUGGAAAUGACUGAACAGCGACAGAAGACGGCAGAGAAGAAAAACUACCUCCUAGAAGAGAAGAUAGCCAGCCUCAGCACCAUCGUCAGGAACCUGGCCCCAGCACCACUGACGUCCACACCUCCGCUGAGGUCAUAGCCAGACCAAAGGAUGCGCUUGCAUUUGUGCACUUUACUGAAAUUUCAUGGACCGACCGCUUCAGUAGGUUCUCUGAACCCUCUAACUAAAAAACUUCCAAUGGCUUAGCAUCAGACCUACCGGAAGUCAGCCAGCAAUGGAAUUGAAGUCUCCAAAUGGAUGACGCUUACAGGAACCCCACAAAUCACUUAUUUCACUAUUUAUAUGACUCAUAAGCAUUGAACUUUAAAAUUAUGUUCUGGAUAGCUACCAGGAAAAAAAAGCAUAAGAACCUUAAAAUCCCAGUUUUUAAUUGUGUACACAAUCCAAAUUCCUUUUAAGUUUGACACCUGACCAGAGUGGUUAUUGUAUUAUUA